GUCAAGGUCGUCGUCAGAGUUCGGCCGCUGAGCAACGGGGAACUUGGCCGAGGGGAACGCAACACGGUGGAGGUGGCGGACGAUCAGCGAUCGCUGACCGUCGUGGACGGCAUGCGCCAGUUCAAUUUCGACGCGUGCCUCUCGCCGGACACGUCGCAGCCCGAGGUGAUGAUCAAGUGCGGGGUUCCCAGACUGCUGGACAGCGCGCUGCACGGAUACGCCGCCACCAUCUUCGCGUACGGACAGACGGGUUCGGGCAAGACGUUCAGCAUGAGCGGACGCGAGGAACUCAUCGAGCGGCAAGGCUGGGCCGGCGGGGGCGGCGACGACGGCAUCAUGACCCGAUCGCUCGCGCACAUCUUCGCCGCGGUGAACCGCGCCGGACCCGGGGUCAAGUUCAGGGUCAAGUGCACGUACCUGGAGAUCUACAACGAGGCCAUCUACGACUUGCUGUCGGGAGAUAACGAGCGACAGCUGACGGAGCGGUGGGAGCCGCAGAGGGGUUUCUACGUUCCCGAUCUCGUCACCGUCGACUGCUCGUGCCUCGACGACGCGCUCGCGGUCGUCGCGCGGGGCACGAGGAAUCGCAGGGUGGGCAGCCACGAGCUCAACAAGGACUCGUCGCGGUCGCACUCCAUGAUGACGGUCCACGUCGAGUCGCACGCCAGCCGCGACGGCGUGACGAUGAGCAAGUUUGGCAAGGUUAGCUUUGUGGAUCUCGCCGGGUCUGAGCGCCUGAAGAGCAGCAAGAGCGAGGGGAGCAUGGUCAAGGAGACCGGGAACAUCAACCGCUCGCUGUUCAUGCUGGGCAAGGUGAUCGCCAUGCUGUCGGACGGCGAGAAGAACAACCACAUCCCCUACCGCGACAGCAAGCUCACCAAGCUGCUCAUGGACUCCCUCGGGGGUUCCUCCCUCGCGCUCAUGAUCGCGUGCUGCUCCCCGUCGUCCAACCACAUGGAAGAGACGCUGAGCACGCUGCAUUACGCCACGCGAGCCAGGAAUAUCAUCAACCGUCCGUCCGUCAUGCAGGACCCGACCCAGGCGCUCAUCAGCAACCUCCGGCACGAGGUGGAGCUCCUCAAGAAGGAAAACGCCGUGCUCAGAGGGCAGCUCGGGCUG